UUUCUAAUAUACCGCGAUGUUGAAUUUUUUUUCUAAAUGAUAGUUUUCAAUAAUUUCUUGUUGUUUAUCUAAAUUUUCUUCUUCAUCAAUUAUGAAUCCAUCAGAAGCAAUCGAGACAGAGAUUCUACUGUAUUGCAUGGAAUCCAAAUCCAACAACGGGUUCAUUUAAAAGAAUAAGUUUAAAUACCUACUUAUUUUAUAAUAUUACAAAUUUUGUUUUGAAUAGGAUAAUUAUGUAGCAUAAUAUAAAAACAUUCGUUUAGGGGGGCCCCCGCGUCCCCCCUCCGGAUCUACUAAUGCCUGAGGAGGUGGGAGAAACUUUGAAGCUGAGCUUGAUUAGUAUCUAGUAGUUGAGCGGGACUUCAAUAGACGUUAUGUCGUCAUCAAUACUGUUGCCCUCGGGAUACUUCAUGCCUAAAGUUGGUUUCGGAACUUGGCAGGUGGAUGGCAAAGAAUUGGAAAAAGCUUUGGAAAUAGCGCUGGAAUGUGGGUACCGGCACAUCGACACAGCGAGUGCUUACGAAAAUGAAGAAGCGAUCGGUAAUGUACUCAGCAGGUGGCUACGAUCUGGAAAGAUCAAAAGAGAAGAAAUAUUCAUCACUACUAAGUUACCAGCUGCUGGAAAUCGUCCUAGCUCAGUUUCAAAAUGGAUGGACAAGUCCUUAGAACUACUUCAACUAGAUUACGUCGAUUUGUACCUGAUCCAUGCUCCAUUUUCUUUUAAAGAAGGUGAUUCGUUACAUCCCUUUUCCGAUGAUGGUUCAAUAUUAUUGGACAUGAAUACUGACAUUGUUGCUGUUUGGAAGGAAAUGGAGAAAUUAGUACAAAGCAAGAAAACCAGAUCUAUAGGUAUCUCUAAUUUUAAUAAAGCUCAGAUUUCUAAGAUAUUAAGCAAUUGUAGCAUUAAACCAGAGAACCUGCAAAUCGAAAUGCAUGUUUAUAUGCAACAAAAUGAUAUCCGAGAAUUCGCUGAAAAGAAUGGAAUCACGGUGACAGCUUAUUCGCCUCUUGGAUCUCCAGGAAGUAUUAAACUGUUCGAGUGUUUUGGUAUAAGUAAAGAGUUGCCAAUGCUGCUAGAACAUCCGGAUGUCUUGAUAAUUUCUAAAGCUAAUAAUGUUACACCGGCUCAAGUACUUCUAGCGUUCUUACUUCAUAAAAAUGUUGCAGUGAUCCCUAAGAGUAUAAAUUUGAACCACAUAGUAAAUAACAUCAAGGCACUUGAGAUAAGUCUUUCAAAUGAGGAGAUAAACCAACUUGAAAAACUUGAUCAAGGGGAAGGAGGUCGAAUCGUUGAUUUCUCAUUUUUCAAAGGUGUGAAGCUCCAUCCAGAAUUUCCAUUCAAAGAUGAAAGCAAGAAAUAAUCGACAAUUUAACAAAUUUUGUUGUACAACAAUUGUUGGAUAAAAGAAAUAGAAUAAAUAAAUAAAAUAUGUCUUAAAUAAUCUUAAAAAGCUUAGAGUUGUGUUGAAAUGAUUAAUAGCAGUUAUGCCUAACUAGUUGUAUAUGAUUAAAUUAAAAUGCCAUGGCUAAUUAAUACAGAGACUGAUAAGAAAAAUAAUAUCACUUCAAUGUUUGCUUUUUUUUACUUAAUAUCUUGAUUUGAUGGUGUAAAUAUGCUCUUUCAUCAUUGUCCUUAAUUGAGAGAGAAUAUAAUAUUAUGAAAUAAAAGAAUUUAUAUAUAAAUAUAUUUUGAUUUCUUUA